UAAGCUAUCAGAAAAAAAAAACAACGCACACACAUACAUGGAAGCACACUUUGAAAUUUGCGAAAGGAGAGUCAAACGUAACACUUAUCAAGCUUAAGAAACAACGCUUUUGGAGGAGGUACGACAGGGGAGAGAGACUCCGAGUUUUCCUUUUACUUGUGUAAAACAAAUUCAAAGCCAACGGAUAGUUAAAUGCAAUGAGGCUCAGGAUCUGGCGACAGAGUAUUUGUAUAGUACUGGCGCCUCGAGACUAAUUUUGACUGCAUACUCGUACAUCACACGGGUCCGUAGAUAUUAAUCACGCGUCACGUCGACACGGUUGGAAAAUAGUCGCAAAAUCUCAGAGGUUCGGCGACAAAUUACUCCUAAAAGAGGAAGACAAACCUAGCAAAAUUAGACUGAGGCGAUUUAAUUGAACAGAAAAUUGCCUGCCUUUAUUUGAUGAGUGGACUGGCACAGGUUAUCCGGUGGAUAAUGUUUAAAGACCUUGAUGGACAUGUCGACUGGUGCAUCUGCCUUUACUAAAUAUCCAAUUGAAAAUUCAUCAGAUUUAGUCAGACAGAACAUGGAAAUUGGCUUUAAAGAACAGUAAAAUUGGUUUCCUUGCGUUCAUCAUAGCUGCCUUAGUUUCGUUUGGACCAAUCGCAGGCUGACUACUGACGUCAACUGAUCGCGUUCACGGCGGUAAAGGCGACAUUUGAAGCCUCUUUCCACAACUCCGUUAAAUUUAUAAGGGAUCCGCACAUCAAGACAUCAAACCACCAAUUUGAAAGCGGAACAUUUUUUUCUGAAAGUAGAUCCUUGCGUGCCUUCGUAAUCUGACGGCUUCGACAAGUACUUCUGGUUUGCUAUUGAGCGGGUUAGUCUUUACCAGUUAACGGCCAGUUGAAAGGCUACGGUUAUAGCCGGGCAUUACCAUUUUUCGUCUCCGUUGCAGAAUUCACCAGGAAUAUUAGCUUUGGGAUACGGUUCUCGCUGGUACCUAAUAUUUCAAAUAAUAAUUUAGUGGAGCCUACGGCGACUUAAAGAACAAAAACAAAUGAAACUUUGAGAAAAGGAAAUAACACCGUUCGAUAUCCCACAAGCCAUUUUGUAGUCGUGACUAUGACGGAAUACUUCUCCCAAAACGGAAACUUCAGCAAUGUGACCUCGACAAUUCUACCGACAUCACAGCAUCAAGCUGCGCCCCAAGAUAAGCUUGCGUGGCCAAGAGUUGUAUUUUAUGGUGUAAUAGGCAUUGUUGGCAGCAUAGGUAACGUUUUGGUCAUAUUAGCAUAUCGAAAUCCUCGGAUGCGAAGUGUCACCAAUCUUUUCAUAGCGAAUUUGGGCGUUGCAGAUCUGACUGUGACUCUCAUAAACGUUCCCAUCACAGUGACGUACUCAGUUCUACAGUACUGGCCAUUUGGCGAGUUUCUUUGUAAAGCCAUACCUUUCCUACUCGGUGUCUCACUCUUCUCCUCCGUCGGGACGUUGAUAGCCAUCGCGGCCGACCGAUACCGAGCUAUAGUCCAUCCACUGCUUCCAAGAAUUCGAACGCGACAUGCAAUCAUGAUCAUUGCGGCAAUUUGGAUCGCCGCUUUCAUUUAUCCAAUUCCGUUAAUAAUUUACCAACAUUUUACAAAAGGUCGAUGUGAAGAAAAAUGGCCCACAGAAAAAGCGCAAAGGAUCUUCACGGUUGUUGUGUUUGUGGCACUUUAUCUGAUACCACUGAUCGCCAUAUCGGUACUGUAUUUUUUAAUUUGUCACAAUCUUAACACUUCCCAAUCUUCUACUCAGGAAGGAGCUCGCCGAGCGAAGAAAAGUGUCAUUCGUAUGCUAGUUGUUGUGGUAGUUCUAUUCACCGUCUGCUGGCUUCCAUACCACGUAAUGAUGAUAUACGAUAACUUUGGUGGACAAAUGACAGUCACCGUCUUUCAGUUGAUAAUGUUCAGCAUGUGGUUAAGUUUUGCCAACAGUUGCUGUAACCCCAUCGUUUACGCUGUAUUGAACCGCAACUAUCGGAAAGAGUUCGCUAGACUAUUGAGGUGUCAAGCACUUAAAGCCUACAGGAACUCUGACUCGCAAUAUGGUAAGGACAGACGAUUUUCUUCGGAAACAAAAACAAGUUAUAAGAUAACAAAGCUAUCUCUGAAGAGAAAGAAUAUUGUCAACGAAGAUCUUUCAAUGGAAAAUAAAGCCAUGGCCAAUAGCGUUCAAGGAAACAGCUCGAGCGGCAACUCAAGCCAAGGCGCCAGAGAAGAAAAACUACCGAAAAAACAAAGGAGCAAGGUGAAGAAGACUAAACCUAUUAUGAUUUAAAAUCCAUGCAUGAUAACAAUAAAGCUGCAAGUAAA